AGUCAUUCGGCCGCAAACGUUCGAACAACGCAGACGCAAACGCUGCGAUCGUCGCGUUUCAUUCACAACAAUUCAUUCACCCGGUUUUACGUCUUUUCGUGUGCGUGUGUCCAACUCGCUGUUUACCGUUGCACAGUGUAAAACUAUUUACAAUAUAUAUAUAUAUAUUUGUGGGUGUACCAUCCCCAACACCCCCCUCCCUCACACUACUGUUUAAUGUGUUGUGUUUUGUGUACCAUAUUCGUAUGACACGUGCUUAAAAUACAUAUUUCCCUCCGUAUCAACGGCAAUAUAAACUUGGGAUUACCUCGACUUUGUUUAUCGAUAACCGACAACAACAAUAACGGCAUGUCCUUUCAGCGCAGCUACAGCAAGGUCUGGUGGGGCUCCGAUAGCCAACAGACGGGCAGCAGCAGCAGCAGCAGCUUCACCAGCGGCGGCCUCUACUCGCAUUACAAUUACAAAGUCGGCAACCAGCAGAUGGCACAGCCGCAGCCCGCAUCGCUGGACAGCGCUCUGCAGCGGCAUCUGGGCCAACAGGCUGGCAAUUUGUCCAGCAUACAGGAGGUGGACGAUGAACAGAACAGCUCCAAGAUGUCCUGGCACAAGCACGACAGUCCCGGCAGUCUGCGCAGUCAGGACUCGGGCUUCUCGGACAACGAGGAGCAGCACAAUAGCCAGACGGCAACAGCUGCGGCUGCCACGGAUGGCGGCACGCCCACUGCCUCGCCCACAUCGUUACGUUCGGUGGCCACGCCGCCCACUGUCAUCCGUCGCGUGGGCAACUCGUCCUUCUACUCGCCGCUGGUCAGCGUGACGCGUCGCAUAUCCUUCAGCGGAAUGCAGACGACACCCAAACAGACAGCUGCGGAUGAGGAUCUCGAGGAGCUGGAGGUGAGUCACAGUCGCCUGUUUGUGCAGCUGGAUAGCCUGCAGCUUGACGACGAUAAGCAGUUGACUAUCAACCCGGCCACGCCCCCGCGCCCUGCAGUGCGACGACGCAAGCGCCUGGCGCGCAAAGCCGCCAAGCUGGCGGCCGAGGAGGAGGAGGAGCACUCGGCCAGCGACGGGGAGACGCCCAUAACGCCGCCGCCGCCGUACAACAACGAGACCGUGUACCUGGGCGAGGCGCCGCCGCCCUACAACAACGAAACCGUUACCUUUGGCAGCUUGGAGCGGAUUGGAGAGCACGAGGAGAAGGAGGAGGAGCCGCUGUCGCCGCUGCGCAGUUGCUUCACGGCCAGCACCAGCACGCCCAAACCCAAGCCCAAGCCCAAGUCGAAGUCGAAGCCGGCAGCACAGUUGCAGGCGGCGCACAGCUGGCGCUCGGAGCAGCGCUGGAACUGUGAGCCGGAGGUCAUGUGCAUGCUGCAGCACAAAUCGAUUGCCCAGGAGGCGUACAAGAACUACACGAUCACGACGAGCGCGGUGGCCAAGCUGAUGCGCCAGCUGCAGCAGCAGGCGCUCCAAUUGCAGUCGCACUUCGAGCGCUGCGAGCGCGUCCUGAGCGGCGCCACGCAGCCGACGACGUCGCUGCCGGAGGCGCUGGCGGGCGCCACGCAGCUGCUGCUGCAUCUGGAGGAGUUCACCGGCGUGCUGGAGCGUCGCAGCAUCUUCUUUAAUGAUGCGCGCGUGGAGCGCAGGCGCUACGAACAGCAUCUGGAGCAGAUACGCACGGUGGGCAGGGAUACGCGCUAUUCGGUGGAAAGGCAGCACUAUAUCAAUCUGGAGUCGCUGCUGGACGAUGUGCAGCUGCUCCGGCGGCAUACGCUGAUCACGCUGCGGCUGAUCUUUGAGCGGCUCGCCCGCAUCCUGGUCGUGGCCAUCGAGCAGAGCCGCUGCGAUCUGCUGCUGCGCGCCAAUAUCAAUAUGCUGGCCACGCUGAUGAACAUUGACUACGACGGCUUCGGCUCGCUGGCGGAUGCCUUUGUCCAGAACGAGGCGGUGCGCGCCUUGCUGCUGAUCGUCCUCGAUCACAAGCUGAGCUCGGUGCGCGCCCUGGCGCUGCGCGCUCUGGCCACGCUCUGCUGUGCCCCGCAAGCCAUCGCCCAGCUGGGCAACUGCGGCGGCAUCGAGAUUGUCCGCGAUAUACUGCAGCCGGGCGGCGGCAGUCAGGAGCGCGGCGCCAUCGAACGACGCGAGGCCGUCUCGCUGCUCGCCCAGAUCACGGCCAGCUGGCACGGGCCGGAGCAUCGUGUGGCCGGGCUAAGGGACUGCGCCGAGACUCUGGUUGCCGGGCUGGCGGAUCUGCUGCAGCCGGACUGCUGCGAACAGACGCUGCUGCUGUGCGCCGCAGCACUCAACAAUCUCAGCCGGAUGGAGGUCACCUCGCACUACUCCAUCAUGUCGAACGAGGCCAUCUUCAAGCUGAUUUCAACGCUCGAGCAUCAGGGCAGCGGCAUCAGCGUAUUUCUUUAUGAGCAAAUCGUUGGGAUGCUGCACAACAUGUCGCUGAACAAGAAGUGCCACAGCCACUUGGCCAAUGGCAUCAUCAUAAAUUUCAUCACGUCCGUUUACCAAACGGAAUUCUACAAGACCUACGACUCACGUGCCGAAUGCGAUGCCCAGCGGCGCAGCAUUAAGGCGAUACUCUAUACGCUGACACGGCUUGUCCAGGACUCGCAUCAGCUCGGCGCCGAGCUGCUGGAGCAGUGGCAUCUACCGGAUCUGCUGCGACAAUCCCUGGCAGCGGCCGGACGCUCGUCCAGCUCGAGCCAGUUGGAUCAGAGCGGCGGCUACAGCGGCGACAUUUCGCAUCUGGCGCGACAAUUGCUUCAAGCACAUCAGCGGGAGCAGAUGCUGCUGGGCGUGGGCGUCGGCGUGGGCGGGGGCGGGGGCGUGGCCGAUGGGUCAGCAUUUAGCAGCAGCCACCAGACGCCCGAGGCUCAAGCGAGCAGCAGCAGCAGGACAACAAGGACAACGAGGACAACGAGGACCUUGCCGGCGACGACGUUGAAAUUGAAUUUAACACGUCAGGAGAGUUUCGUCUAGUUUUUUGGUAUUUUUUUAUUAUUUAUUUUUUUUUUUUUGGGUGUUUGCCACAGCAAAACCACCUGAGUGGCUGCGUCUGGGGCACGUUCCGCUCGGUCCGAACGUGCGUCAAGUGUUAUUGCUUGUCGGGGCACUGCGUGACCCAUUUUUCCCCAUAUAUACACACACAUCCUGGCUCGAUACUUAUCCUUAGACCAGCUUGUAAAUGUAAAACGAAGUAAUUUUUAUAUUUUCGACCAAGCAGAAGGCAUAAGAAAUACAAAUUGUUCUAUUUUUUCUUUUUUUUUUUGGUACUUUGUACACUUUUGUCGUGACAACAAAAGUGCUUGAAAAGUGCAUUGCUCUCUCUCUCUCUCACUCUUCCUCUCUCUCUCUCUCACACUCACUUGUAAAUUUGCAGCAUUUUGCAAGCUCAUUGUAAAUAUUUUCAUACGGCAGUAAAAACCAAAAUUUCUAUUUUUAGUCAAUUGUUGUGCCAAAUAAAGUGUCCCAAAAUUCCAGCUGUUAAUUUUGGGCAAUUCUAUUGUACAGUUAUAUAUAUAUAUAAAUAAUUGCUAUAUAUGCUUAAAUAUAAGUUUAGUUUUAAGAGAAUUAUUAAAUGAGCUCCCUUGGCGUCGCUUUUCUUUUCACAUGCCACAAA